GAUCAUACAUCAUGUUACGAUCAUCAAGUACAAUUACGUUGAUUACAUAGGUGUCAUGCAAUCAUCAUCAAGAAAAAGUAUAUUCAUUACAUAGGUAUCAUGUAAUCAUCCUCACAAGCAAAUUGAUUAAAUGUGCCAUCAUGUAAUUAUCAUUAAAUAUUUAUCAUCAUGAUUCAUCAAAUUGACCAUAUGAUAAUAUGUGUCAUAUCAUGAAUGUUACUAUACAUUUUGUGGACGUAUAUAUAUGUAUAUGUAUAUGUCUGAGAAUCAUUCUACAAUUCUAGCGUGGUACCACUCAGCAGUUUCGCUGAGCGUGUAGUUUGUAUUUUUCGUUGACUACACGUAGGUAACAAGAAGACAAUGAUGGAACCACUCCCGGAUGGCAUUGAGUCAGAGGAGAUGCAAGGAUGGCAGGCAAAUGUUGAUCAUCAGAUUUUUAAAUGUGUCAUGAUUUGAUUAUUAUUGUACUUCCGCAUUACUCUGAAAAUAUUUUUUAAAAGGGUCGCGAUCCAGAGUCUAAUCACAACAGCGCUGCUCCAGAGCCAAUUGGUUCCUCAGUCUAUCUCAGACACAGAUAUGAUCCAGAAAUUCUGCAGAGAAAACAGAGUUACCUCUCUUGCACAGCGAACGAGUCCGACGAACACAUUCGGGUACGAGAUCCCGAUGAAGAAGAAGCUGUACAGGGGAGUGAGGCAGAGGCACUGGGGGAAAUGGGUUGCGGAGAUCAGACUUCCCCAGAACAGAAUGAGAGUUUGGUUGGGGACUUAUGACACUGCUGAGACGGCAGCUUAUGCCUAUGACAGAGCCGCCUACAAGCUUCGCGGCGAGUACGCCCGCUUGAAUUUCCCGAACCUCUCCGAUCAGACGAGCGUGCUGGGUUUGGGACAUGGCCCAAAAUUGAUGGCCGUAAGGAACGCCGUGGAUGCUAAGAUCCAAGCAGCUUCCGAGAGGGUCAAGAGGGAGAGCAGAUCCAAAAAGGAAGCCAACAAAAUCAGGCCAAAGGAGAAUUCGGGAAACGGCGAAAUAAGGAAUCGCGAUUCGACUCUGAUAAUAGAAUCUUCUUCGUCUCCUUCGUCGCCUUCUUCCUUUUCGGGGUUUAGCGAUAUGGUCUCAACGAGUAGCGUUUCUGGAGAUGAUGAGCUGUGCAAGAGUGAUUUUCUGGGGGUGGCUUCUCUGGAAUCUGAGUUUGAAUAUUGCACCCUUGCGAGGAUGCCAUCGUUUGAUCCGGAAUUGAUUUGGGAAGUUCUUGCCAAUUGAGAUACGACUCUGCUGCUUAUGAUAGAUAGAUCAGUUUUGGUAAUUGUUUGAGAGAAGAAAAUUAUAUUUUGUGUUCAAAGUUAUUUUUCUAAAGUGUUAGAAAUAUACACAAAAUAUUAUAAACAAAUAUUUAUAAGAUAAAUAUUUUACUAUAUAUUUAUUACUCCCAAAGUAGUAUUAUUAUAGUUUUUACUAUCCUAUAUUAAACUUGCUAGCACAAGUUUAAUCUUGGACUCCGGAGCAAGUUCGUGUGGAUACGUUGGAGGCUUCAUACGUUUGGCGCUACGUUCAUCUCCUCAAAACCAUCCCCGACCGUUCCUCCGUUCUUCGUUUUCACCGUUAAGGAUAAAAGGAAUGGAUUUUGUUUGGAGUGUUGUGGUGUGAUAUCUCGGCCUUAUGUGGGAAAUAGCAAAGGAAUGUUGUGUGACUGAAAUUAGGACUAAAAUGACUUGUUUUUAUGUAUGAAAUUCGGCCCUAUGGGAUCAAGAAAAAGGAGACAUGUUUGGCUUGACUUUAAGUGAAUAAUAGGACAAGAAGUUACUAUUCAAUCAAAGACUUGUUUGCUGAUUUUGUCCUUUUGUUUUAUUGUUGCUUUCUCAUGAUUUAUGCCUGGAUUUUAGGAAGAAAAUGGGUGGGGAUUUCGUUGGAAAGGUGUAGGAAAAUAAGGGGAAGGUCUUAUUUCAUGAAAGGAACAAAAAAAAGUAGAAAACAACACACAAGGUUUGUCUUUUUGGUCCUCAUUUUCAUCCAAGGCUAAAAAGGAGGGAAAAGACUUUAUUUUGAUUAUCAAAUGAAGUUUAAAGGCUUUUGGAUAUUUUGGGAGAGUUUGGGGUUUUGGUGGAGCCAUCCAGGGGUACAUCAUACUCCCCUUCUUCGAAGAAAGUUUGUCCUCAAACUUUCGCACCACCGUGAUUGAUUUGGGGUUUCAUAAAAGAGUUCCCGGAUC